AUGGACUCGGAAGCAGGGCCCAGCUCAGCACCGCUCUUCAAGAAGCGCUCCAAACCACAGCGCGCAGCACGCAUCACCACCGCCAUCGACGAUGCUCCUGCACCCGAAUCGACCAGCACAGCGGCACCCACCGACCCAGCUGCCGACGAGGAGCUGUCGGUGCAGGAUCUCAUCGCGCUUCGUAGUCUCGCUCGUCGACCGGGGGGCAUCGAGCUCGACCGGCUCAAUCGCGGCGAUCGUCAGCGCAGACCAAACCAGCGUAAGAAUGCCGACGAGGACUCCACCAAACGCAUCUCGAAUCGAGCCGGCGACGACGACAGCGACGACGAAGACAAGCCGCGUCUGGUGCGCAAGAACAACUUUCAGGGCGAAACAGGAACCGUCGACGUCGACAAACACAUGAUGGCGUACAUUGAGGACGAGAUGCGAAAACGCACAGGCAGUGCGGACACCGUCGACGCUGCCGCCAUCGUAGCCGCAGUCAACGAUCCUGAGGAUGCGCUCUACGCGGUGGCGGAAAAGUACAAGGAGCUGCACCGAUCCAUCAAGCCGGAGCAGACGCAGGAGCAGCGCGAGGGCAACGUCGCCUUUUCCUCGGCCAUGCUCACCUCGAUCCCCGAGGUGGAUCUGGGCAUCGAUGCGCGCAUGGCCAACAUCCAAGAUACCGAAGCAGCACGGCGCGAGGCCAGUCAGCCAAAGCCUGCCCAUCACGACGUCGAUGAGGAUUUCGCCAAUGCAAGGUUUCAACGCGCCAAGCCACGACAGGAUCAUGCACAGUCUUCGAACCCGGGGUCGCGACCAGAACGGCGCCAGAUGGCCACCGACCAGCUCGUGCUAGACCGCUUCAAGAAACGACAGCGAAACUUUCGAUAA